GAGCUUAACUCAGUUGGUAGGGAGAUUACAAUGCACAAGCCAGGAUUUGGGUGGAGAAAUGGUUUAAGCAAAUCCAUCGUGUUCUUCGCUUAACCAUCUUAAACCCACUUUCCUUUGCUGAAACACUCACUCGUUUUGAACUAAGGAUAACGAACGAUGCUACUACAACAACACUUCACUUGAGAGUUAGUUUCUACCUCUCUCUCACAUUUCACAUCACAUGGAUUCAAUUCUCUCACAACAACCAUUCUCUUCUCGAUUUUCAUCACGCAUUCCUUUCACUUCAUUUCGUCCCCUUCCAAUUCAAAACCUCAUCUCAAUAACACCACCUCGAAACUCAACCCCACGCGCUUCCAUCACUCUCUCCUCAAAUCAACGAAACGACACCGUUUUAGCCGUUACUUCCAAAAACGAACAACCACCGGCACCAACCAUAUCCCAAUGCUUAACAAAACAACUCAUUCGCGCUCUAUUCUGUUUCGCCGUCGGUGUUUCUUCAUUCCGAAUUGCGUCGCCGCCGGCAUUUGCAAUUCCGGUUAUAUCUUCGGUUGAGUUUUUAGAUAAGAUUAAAUUGAACGUUAGUAAUCAGCAUGAGUAUUCUGAUUGUACUCAAAGAGUGUUGAAAACUGUUCCGAGACUUUUGAAGAGUAUAGAAGAGGCUAGGAAAGGGAAUUAUGAUAUUGAAGAUGUGGAACGAGCUUUGACGGUUGUGGCAUUUGAAUCGGAUGAAGUGAAAAGAGAGAUUGUGGAGAGGAUGCAUCCGGGGUUGAUAGAUUUGAAGGAGGAGUUACGGUUGUUGGAGAUGAAGGAAUUGGAGAUUACUGAGCAGAUGGAGGAUGUGAAGAGAGAGUAUGAUAGGUUGAAGGAGAAGGAGUUGGAUGGAGGUGAGAAGUUGAAGGGGAAUGUGGUCAAUGAGGUGGAGAAGAAGAUGUUGGAGACGAGGAUGGAGGAGUUGGAGAACAAGUGUAAUGAGAUAUUAGGGGAGAUAGAUGAAAUGAAGGAUUUGAUUUCGAGGAAGGAGACGAUGGCUUUGAGUUGUGGGGUAUUAGAAGUUGUUUUCAUUGAGAAGGAAUGUGAGCAGCUGGUGGAGAGAUUCAAACAAGAAUUGAAAGAUAAGAAACUUGAAAGUGCACUUGCGAGCUCAGUUAACGGGCUCUCAAAAUCCGUCGUUCAGAAAGACUUGGAAACUGCACAAAGAAAGCAUUUAGAACAAAUUAUUCUUCCUAGCAUUGUGGAUGUUGAUGAUCUUGAGCCAUUCUUUCAUGAGGACUCUGUUGAUUUUGCCCAAUAUUUAGAAAGAAGUCUUAAAGACUCAAAGAAGCAGCAGAAGAAUUUAGAGGCCCAGAUAAGAAAAAAUAGGAAGUAUGACAAGGAAAAGCACAAUAUCAAUUACUCAUCUGAAGAGGAGGAAAGGAUUCUUUUGGAUCGAGAUAGAGUAGUUUCAAGGACUUGGUACAAUGAAGAGAAAAAUAGAUGGGAGAUGGAUCCAGUGGCUGUUCCUCAAGCUGUCUCAACAAAGCUAAUAGAGCAUGUACGGAUUAGGUAUGACUGGGGUGCUAUGUAUAUUGCAUUGAAGGGGGAGGACAAAGAGUUUUAUGUAAACAUAAAGGAAUUCGAAAUACUUUUUGAAGAUAUUGGGGGUUUUGAUGGGCUAUAUAGGAAAAUGUUAGCUCGUGGCAUUCCAACAGCUGUUCAUCUAAUGUGGAUUCCUUUCUCAGAGCUUAAUUUGCACCAACUAUUUUCUGUGGUGCUAAGCUCCCCUCGUCGGUUUUUGAGGGACCCGCGGAUUUAUGAAGCUGUCUUGAAUGCAAGAGAUUUGAUCGUUGACUCAAUUAAGGAAACAAUCGAGGACAUGAUGGUGAUAGUGUUUCCUAUUGCGGAAUACGUACUCUCUGAACCGACAAGGAUAAAAUUGGGGAUGGCAUGGCCAGAGGAAGGGACAAUGGACACUCCACAGUACUUGAAAUGGCAAUUAAAUGCAGAAGCAGGUGUUAAAUCCAGAAAAGCGGAUAGUGAAGUUCAAUGGAUCAUAUUGUUUAUCAUAAGAAUUGCUAUUAUGGGAUUUGUUUUGGUUAAUGUGUUCAACUUUAUGAGGAGAAAAAUUCCAAGACUUUUUCGUUAUGGUCCUCUGAACAACAGAGAUCCGGCUAUGAGGAAACUUUGGCGAGUGAUGUAUUACUUUCAAGUAAGACGGGGGCGUAUGAGGAAGAACAGAAGGGAUGGUGUUGAUCCCAUAAAAACAGCUUUUGAGCGCAUGAAGAGGGUGAAGAAACCACCAAUACCACUGAAGAACUUUUCUAGCAUUGAUUCCAUGAAAGAGGAAAUCAGUGAAGUUGUGGCAUUUUUGCAAAAUCCAAGGGCAUUUCAAGAAAUGGGAGCGCGGGCACCUCGGGGUGUUCUUAUUGCAGGUGAGAGGGGUGCGGGCAAGACGUCUCUAGCAUUGGCUAUAGCUGCUGAGGCUAAGGUGCCUGUUGUUGAAAUUAAGGCCCACCAAUUGGAGGCUGGGUUGUGGGUUGGACAAGGUGCAUCCAAUGUUCGGGAAUUAUUUCAGACUGCAAGAGAUUUGGCUCCUGUAAUAUUGUUCGUGGAGGAUUUUGACAAGUUUGCUGGUGUACGUGGCAAAUUUAUCAAUACCGAAAAUCAAGAUCACGAAGCUUUCAUUAAUCAACUGCUUGUGGAACUUGAUGGAUUUGAGAAACAAGAUGGGGUUGUUUUGAUGGCUACUACAAGAAAUCUCAAGCAAAUUGAUGAGGCCUUGCAGAGGCCAGGUCGCAUGGAUAGAAUAUUUCAUCUUCAAAGACCAACACAGGCAGAGAGAGAAGCCAUAUUGUACUCGGCAGCAAAGGAAACCAUGGAUGAUCAGCUUAUUGAUUAUGUAGACUGGAAAAAGGUUGCUGAGAAGACGGCUCUUUUACGACCUCCUGAGUUAAAACUUGUUCCCGUGGCUUUAGAAGGAACUGCCUUCCGGGGCAAAGUUUUUGACACAGAUGAACUAAUGAGCUACUGGAGUUCCUUUGCAACUUUCAGUUCUGUGAUGCCCCAAUGGCUGAGGAAAACCAAAGUUGUCAAGAAGUUAAACAAAAUGUUGGUGAAUCACCUGGGAUUGACAUUAACAAAAGAAGAUAUCCAAAAUGUUGUUGAUUUGAUGGAACCAUAUGGCCAGAUAAGAAACGGAAUAGAGCUUUUGAGCGCUCCUCUUAAUUGGACGAGGGAAACUAAAUUUCCACAUGCUGUCUGGGCUGCUGGUCGUGGUCUUAUUGCUCUUUUAUUACCAAAUUUUGAUGCUGUUGAUAAUCUUUGGCUUGAACCUCAAUCUUGGCAGGGAAUUGGAUGUACAAAAAUCACAAAAGUAAAAAAUGAAGGUUACAUCAACGGGAAUCUAGAAUCAAGAUCAUAUCUUGAAAAGAAGCUUGUAUUUUGUUUUGGUUCUUAUGUUGCAUCUCAAAUGUUACUUCCUUUUGGGGAAGAAAACUUACUGUCUUCAUCUGAGAUACAGCAGGCACAAGAGAUAGCUACACAAAUGGUCAUUCAAUAUGGAUGGGGACCUGAUGAUAGUCCUGCAAUUUAUUACAGUACUAAUGCGGUUUCUACAUUAAGCAUGGCAGGUGACCACGAAUAUGUGAUAGCAGCUAAAGUUGAAAAGAUGUUUGAUUUGGCAUACCUCAAAGCAAGAGAAAUGCUGCAGAAAAAUCGCCUGGUACUCGAAAAGAUUGUAGAGGAAUUGCUUGAAUUUGAAAUUUUGACUGGAAAGGAUUUAGAAAGAAUUACUGAAGAUAAUGGUGUAAUCAGGGAGAAAGAGCCGUUUACUCUUCUGGAAGUUCAAGCUAGUGAGCCAACAUCCGGCAGCCUCCUUGAAAGAGGAAAUGCAUCAGGAGGUGCUUUGCUAGCAUCCUAGAUAAGUCUAUUGGCAGUUAGUUGUACAUUUUGAGGUUCUUUUUUACAUUUUUUUUGUUGGGGGCGGGGUGUCGGAAUGUUAAUUUGUACUUAGAUAAGCAUGUAUAGUUUACAAUGUAACAUUUAUAUAGUUAUCAUGCCUAUGUUCGUUGGGAUAAGAAUAGCAAGCAAUAUCCCAACAGCUUUACCUUAGAGUUGUAACUUAAAUUCAUUAUUUUAUAGUUUAAAACAAUUUAUCUAAAUAUACGAUUUUCUUCUUUAAA